ACCCUGUCUCCUUCAUGCAAACGUGAAUGAACUGCUCAGUAACAAGGAUCACUAUGGACCGGGGCGCUCGCGUUUCCCCCGUAGCCUUUGACAGUGAAAGAAAAAACGAAUAAACCCCUUAUAAAACGUUCUACGUGAAGUAAAAAAUAUAUUUUAGCAGUCAGAGCAUCGCACGGCUCAAGUCAAGGCAAUUCGUGUUAACGAGCUUGUUUUCAUUUUUUACAAUUAGACAAGCAGCGCCGGUCUUUAAAAAUCCCGUCAUAUUCGGAACGCAUCCACCAACGAGUCCAGGAUAAUUGCGCGUCUGGUUAGAUUUCCGCCAAUCUACGAGUAUUCCAGACAAAGGGCUAUUUCUGGGAUUAUUUUCUCGCCUCCUCGAACGGAAACGGAUUAUCCCGUCGCCGAAGUCGGCAGCAAGGAAGGAAAACUAGCGAGCGUUCUCCUGACCCGAGCCCCAGUAGAAUGCGCAGCCGAUGAAUAGCCCUUAAGGGCUGCAGUCUCUCCUUGGCCAGGACUCCCUGGCCACCAUGAAAGGGCUGGGAGCCAACCGCGGCCGCCACCUGUCCGAGUCCUGCGACCCCCUGUCAGUGCCUCCGGAGGCCCUGUACCCUCAACCCCCCAUCCCUCCCCGCAGCCCCUACCUCCUCAGCCCCACCAUGGAGCACUACGGCACCAUGGACCCCAACCACUUCCCGCCCUCCGCCGCCGACUGCAUGCUGCCCCUCAACAACCAGCUGUCCAACAGCAGCACCUUCCCCCGCAUCCACUACAACUCCCACUACGACCAGGGCGACUUCUCGCACGGCCCGGCGCCCGGGACGGACAGCAUCGGCGGGAUCAGCACGGGCACGCUGGGAACCUCCGCGUCCAUGGGCAUGGGCAUGGGGAUGGGCACGGGCCCAGGCCGGGGCCCCGUCAUCACCAGCGGCUCGGCGACCAUCUCGGGCGGGAGCCGGAUGCAGCGGCUGCCCGCCAACCUCCUGGACCAGUUUGAGAAGCAGCUGCCGGCGCACCGCGACGGCUUCAGCACGCUGCAGUUCCACCGGAGCUCCGCCUCCAAGCAGCGCGCCGACAGCCCCGGGAGGAUCCGCUUCCUGGUGCACUCCGUCCAGAAGCUCUUCGCCAAGUCCCAGUCGCUGGAGACCUCCGGAAAGGGCAACGUCAACGGCCGCUUCGCCGGCGGCGCCGGGGUGUCCGGUGUGGGCGGGGGUGGGGGCGGGGCCGAGGACAGCAAGCAAGCCCGCCGCAGCAAGAGCAAGGACCGGGCCAAGACGGAGGGCGGCAAGCGCCGGCCGCGCUCCAACAUGUCGGGCUACUGGAGCUCGGACGACCUCGACAGCGACAUCAGCAACUACCGCAACCCGGCGGCCAUGAUGGCUCUCCAGGGACCCGACGGCCAGGACCCCAGCAAGUACUACCCCCAGGGCUACAACACCAUCGGCGGGCACACCCUCAAGGCCUCCAAGAGCAACAGCACCAUGGAGUUCCAGGCCUGCCAGCUGCUGGCUGGGCAGGGAGGGGGCGGGGGGGAUCCCACUCACUUCCUUAAGGGGGGCACCUGGUCGACCCUGACCCUCAGCCAGGCCAGGCAGUUGAGCCAGAGAGGCUCUGCGACUAUCGACCGGUCGCUGCUCAAAUCCAAGUCGUGCCACCAGGACCUGGCCUGCCACUACCUGCAGGUACGGGGUCGAGUGCCUCCGGGGGACUGGAACAGCACGCUGGGCCGGGGAGGCGGCUCCAGCGAGAUCCCGUGCAGACGCAUGCGCAGCGGGAGCUACGUGAAGGCCAUGGGGGACCUGGAGGACAGCGAGGACUCGGAGGGGAGCCCCAAGCCCUCCCCCAAAAGCGCCGCCCGACGCCAGAGCUACCUGAAGGCCACGCAGCAGUCCUUGAGCGAGCAGCUGCCCCCACGCAAUAGGUCCCUGGGCUAUGCCGCCCUGCAGGGGGACCUGGAGGCGCUGUGGUCCCCCCUGCAGAGCGUGUCCUCUCUGCACCGGCUGGGCAGGUCAGUGUCCGUCUGUCUCCCCUCUCUGCGAGAACUCUCCAACAACCGCAGCCUGGACAACCUGGACUGCAUCGGCGGGCCGGUCAGCUUGGACUACCCGCGAUGGGAGGACGAGGACUUCGCCCAGGGCUGUAACACACUGGGAAAGAGCAGCUGUACAACACAGGUGCGGGAGAUGGCGGUGAGCCGGCGGUACGAGGAGACGUGCUCCGAGUCGGCGUUCUGCGAGAGCGACGCCCACGGGGCGGAGCCUCCGGACCUGCCCACGCCCACCUGCUUCCGCUCGCGCAGCCACAGCUACCUGCGCGCCAUCCAGGCUGGCUGCUCCCAGGACGACGACACCGCCUCCGUGGACUCCGAUUCGCCCCCGCCCACCGCCACCACCGUCCGCACCUACAGCACCAGCACCAUCUCCACCUGUAUAACCACCUGUAAGAAGGCGGCCCCGCCCCCCGUGCCCCCCCGCACCACCUCCAAGCCCUACAUCUCGGUGACGGUGCAGAGCAGCACAGAGUCGGCGCAGGACACCUACCUGGACGGCCAGGACCGCAAGAGCGAGGCCAACAGCCAGUCGGGCCGCAGCAACUCGUCCGACAGCCUCGACAGCGCCAGCGCCCGCGGCCCGGCCAAGGGCCACCGGGCCCCGCCCCCCGCCGCCGCCGCCACCGCCGCCCCCCGCGACCCCCCGCCCGCCUCCACCCCAGCCAGCCCGCCCGCCGCAGACCCCCAGCAUGACGCCCUGAGGAGCACCAGGGGCACCCUGACCGCCGAGGAGCCCAGAACAGACCCCGCGCCCAGGAGGAAGCUGUCGUCCAUCGGCAUACAGGUGGACUGCAUUCAGCCGGCCCCCAGAGAGGAGACUCCGCCUCCGGCCCCGCCCCUGACCAGGUUCCAGUCCAUCGGAGUGCAGGUGGAAGACGGCUGGCAGCUCAGCCGCUCCAGCAGCAUGGCGUCCAAACAGGAGACGGACUCCGACACCCAGGACCUCACCAACUCCACGCCCAUGCCCACGCCCACGCCCACGCCCAAGCCCUCUGAGAAGACCAUGGUCAACAGCGCCUGCCAGUCCACGGACUCGCCCGGGCCGCAUCGCCAGGGCAACGGGGAGGGCGGGGCCCCGCGCCAGCCGCCCGGCCGCACGGCCACGCGCAGCAGCUCCUCCUCCUUCUCGGAGAGCCUGGACCCCGCCCUGGACCCCUCGUCCCUGCCCCCGCCCGACCCCUGGCUGGAGAGCGGGAACGGCAGCGCCCCCUGCGGGACGGCCCAGCCCGGCGCUCCCGGCGCCCCCGCCUGCCGCCGCGACGGACACUGGUUCCUCAAGCUGCUGCAGGCCGAGACGGGCCGCAUGGAGGGCUGGUGUCAGCAGAUGGAGCAGGAGACCAAAGACAACCAGCUGACCGAGGAGGUGCUGGGGAAGGUCCGUAGCGCAGUGGGCUGUGCGCAGCUCCUCAUGUCCCAGAAGUUCCAGCAGUUCAGAGGACUCUGCGAGCAGAACCUGAAUGUCAACGCCAACCCGCGGCCCACCGCCCAGGACCUGGCGGGCUUCUGGGACCUGCUGCAGCUCUCCAUCGAGGACAUCAGCAUGAAGUUCGACGAGCUGUACCACCUCAAGUCCAACGACUGGCAGCUGAGCGAGGCCCCGGACAGGAAGGAGGACAAGAAGCCGGCCCCCCCAGUGCCAAAGAAGCCCUCUAAGGCCAAGCCGGCGGGGGGCCGAGAGAAGUCCGCCGGCGACUCGGACAAGCAGCGGCAGGAGGCGCGCAAGCGGCUGAUGGCGGCCAAGCGGGCGGCUUCGGUGCGGCAGAACUCGGCCACGGAGAGCGCGGACAGCAUUGAGAUCUACGUCCCCGAGGCCCAGACCCGCCUCUGAGAGAGAGAGAAAGAGGGAGCGGCCGCGGAGGGUGGGGGCGGGGUUUGGGGUUUUCACCCCCCCGCUCCCCUCCCCAUUUUUUUUAAAGGUGAAGGAACCCAGGUGCACACCGGUCCUUGAGGCAGCACACAGGAAGAAUCCAAAACGACU